UCUGGAUUUGGGGCGAGGAAGAACUGCGCGCCCUGACAAGCGACCGAGGUGGGACACUAGUUCCUCUGUUGUUUGGUUUCCUUGCCCCUUCAGAGCAUCACUUCCAGAGCUGCUUUACGUAUAGGCUAGCGUGGCCCGACUCAUCUAUCCCGCGCUCAAUCAAAGUCAGGUGCCUCCAUCUCCUGACAACCCUGAGUGUUUUGCCUCCUCCCCUCCGGGCAGUGAGAUAUGAAUACACAACUGGAUUAGAACGAGGCUGUGCGGCAAUAAACAUAGAGUCAAGUCAGGAGUGUGAUGGCCUGAGGGGGUUGCUCCCCAUCCCACCUGCCUCUGCCAGGUCCAAUCUGUCUAACCUGUCUGCACAGACACCGCAACCCACCAUUGCUAUGGGAGACGGACUGGAAGCAGGUAGCAGUCAGGCCCCUCCCUCUGUCCCUCCCCCUCUCCCAUUCAACCCUCCACCCCCUGAAACAUGGAAUCCCUCCAGACCUAAACGACAGACCAACCAACUACAGUACUUAUUGAAAGUGGUGUUGAAGACUUUAUGGAAACACCAUUUCGCAUGGCCCUUCCAGGCUCCUGUAGAUGCCAUCAAACUCAACCUGCCUGACUAUUACAAAAUCAUCAAGACCCCUAUGGACAUGGGCACGAUAAAGAAACGCCUUGAGAACAGUUAUUACUGGAAUGCUCAGGAAUGCAUUCAAGACUUCAACACAAUGUUCACAAAUUGCUACAUCUACAAUAAGUCUGGUGAUGACAUUGUGUUGAUGGCUGAGGCCUUGGAGAAGAUGUUCCUCAACAAGAUAUCCGAGAUGCCCCAGGAGGAGACUGAGAUUGCUGUGGUUUCUAAGGGACGCCGCGGGGGCAGACGGGAGCAAGAUCUGAUCACCAAAACUGACUCAGGCCAGGAGUCCUCCUCACCCUCUACUACUCCACAUACACGAGGCUUCUCGUCCCCCUCGACAGCCCCCCAGACACGGACACCAUCCCUAACAUCCACACAACAAGGCCCUCCCAGCUUACCUCUGGCCCAUCCGCCCCAGGCCCAGCAGCAGCCCCCUCGUGUUCCCCCCACAGCUCCAUCUCAUGCUCCCCAGCUGGGACCCCCAUUCCCCCUCUCAACACUGGAUGUCCUGGCCCAGGGCCUCACUUCUGUUCCCCCUCCAGCCCCGGCUCACUCAGGCCUUCAUCCCAGCCAGCUUCCACAAAGCCCUGCAGCUCCCAUCAAGCAAAGGAAGAGCCAGAAGAGGAAAGCAGACACCACCACUCCCACCGCCAAUGACCAGCUCAGCGAAUCGUCACCCAUCUCCUCUGUCGAGAUCCGGCCCCGCCGAGAGACUAACCGCCCAUUGAAGCAGCCCAAAAGAGAAGUCUCACAGCCAGACUCUCAGCACCACCUGGUUAUGGGCGGUGGUUUAGGAGGGACUUCAACUCCCAAGCGUCAGGAGCAGUUGCGGUACUGUGCAGGCCUGGCCAGGGAGUUGCUGUCCAAGAAACACGUGUCAUAUGCCUGGCCCUUUUACAAGCCAGUAGACGUACAAGCUCUCGGUCUCCAUGACUACCAUGACAUCAUCAAACACCCCAUGGAUCUCAGCACCAUCAAGUCUAAGUUUGACAGUCGACAGUAUCACGAUGCCCAAGAGUUUGCAGCUGAUAUCAGGUUGAUGUUCUCCAACUGUUACAAGUAUAAUCCGCCAGACCAUGAUGUCGUUGCCAUGGCACAUAAAUUACAGGAUGUGUUUGAGAUGCGCUUUGCCAAAAUGCCAGAUGAGCAGGAGGAUCCUGCUCCUGUCCCCACUCCAUCACCAGCCCUCCACCCUGCCCCCUCCACUCGGCAAGUCCCACCUCCUGCUGCUGUGUCUGAUGACAGCUCCAGCUCCUCUGAAUCGGAGUCCUCAGGAGGAGACUCAGAACAAGAGAGGCAGCAAAGAUUAGCUGAGCUACAGGAACAGCUCAAGGCUGUCCAUGAGCAGCUGGCUGCACUCUCCCAACCACAGGCCAGCAAGCCCAAGAAGAAAGAGCGGGAGAAAAAAGAGAAGAAGAAGGAGAAGCACAAGAAGAAAGCAGGGGUAGAGGAAUCAGUGGAGGCUCCGCCCUCUGCCAUGCUCCAGUCCUCUAAAAAGAGCAAGAGCAGUAAGGAAACAAUAACUGUCAAGAAGGAAAGAAAAAAGCCUAGUAAGAAAGAAGGCAUCAAAAACAGUCGCCCGGGUGCACCCCCCCAGACCGGGCCUACCCCUCUUGUUCCUUCAGCCUCUCUGGAAGCAGAGGAUGAUUUGGGUGUGUUUGGCGGUGGAUCCAGUGACAGGUGUAAGCCAAUGUCAUAUGAGGAGAAGCGCCAACUCAGCUUGGACAUCAACAAAUUACCUGGUGACAAGCUGGGCCGUGUUGUACACAUAAUCCAGUCACGUGAGCCUUCACUGAAGAACUCCAACCCGGAUGAGAUUGAGAUUGACUUUGAGACGCUGAAGCCCUCCACAUUGCGAGAGCUAGAAAAAUAUGUCUCCAGCAGCCUUAGGAAAAAGAAAAAACCAACAGCAGAGAAGGUUUUGGAGUCAGCAAAUGUGAUGAAGAUGAAGACAGGGUCUUCUUCAUCAGGCAGCAGUGACACCUCUGAUGACAGUGAGGACUCUGAAAAUGAGCUGGUUCCCAAGCAGCAGCAGAAGAAGAAGUCUUUGUCUAACAAGGACACCAAGAGAACCCACCACACAUCCCUCAACAGUGGGGCAGGCCAAGUUCCCCCCCAGCCUCAGCUGCAACCUCAAACCCAGCCCCAGCUUGUCCAGUCCAAACCUCCAUUUGUCCCCCCUCCCCCUGUCUCUGUUUCUGUCCCAUCUCUGGACACUUCCCAGCUUUUAGGGUCUGGAUUUGAUCCCCUGGCCCAUUUCAUGACCCCCAGUCUUUCGCAAUCAAGCACAGAGCCUAGCCCAACUGUUUCUACUGCUGGUGCCCCCACUGGUUCUGGCCUCCUCAAUGCAAAUGCACACACCAGCCAGACCUCUGCUGAGACGCACCCUUUCCUGAACCAGCAUCCCAUCAUACCCUCACCAGCCCUCCACAACGCUCUUCCACAACAACCAUCACGACCUAGCAACCGAGCAGCACCACUUCCUCCCAAAGCCUCGCAGCCUGCCACCUCCUCCCUUCCUUCUCUGCCUCCAUCCUCCUCAGGCCCUCUUCAGUCCACGCUUCCCCUCAACCUCCCCCACACUGUUCCCCGCCCCCGAGUACCUUCCCCGCCAUCCCAUGGCAUCUUGGGUACCCUCUCAGCACAACCUCCACAAGCCCUGCUGGAGGAUGAUGAAGAGCCAACGCCAACCAAUUCUGAAACCCCACCCUCAUCGCUGCCUCUCAGCCAGGUCCAGAUGUACCUCCAGUCUCUCCAGCCCCGGGCUCCUGCACAAACCCAGCCACAGCAGGCACACACUCAUUCACCCACACAGGCCACCUCGCAGCUGAUGCAAUCAGUGCAUGCACAGGCUCCCACCACUCCCACUACUGCUUCAACGCAGAGGCAUGCACACAUGCAGCAGACGUUCGCACACACGCACAUUUCAGCAACACAACAGCAGCAUAAGGGGCCGACCCUGCAGCAGAAACUACAGCAGAUGCAGCAACAUCAACAGCAGUCAUCACCACGCAGCAAAUCAGAACUUUUUUCAACAGGUUCCCUGAGGAAUAGCCCUUCUUCACUGAUCAUGCAUUCUCCCCAGAUGCCUCAGUUCCAGCCAAUAGAACAGCAUUCACCCUUACAACCCAAGAAAAAUGAACAGAGGUCCAACCUGGGAGGGGUCAAAGAGGAAAAACGUUCCCAUUCCCCAGCCUUUCUGCCCUCCUCCCCCUUCAGCCCUGCCCUUCGCCAGGAUACACACAAAUCCCAUGACAACAAACAAACUCAAAGAUCAGAUCUGAAGCCAUUGGAUCCUUCCCGCCAUGGAUCCCACUUCUCUGACUCUCCCGCACUGCCUUCCUCCCAACAAGACAACAAAGUGAAGCAAGAGCCCAAAACGCCCAUUGCUCCCAAGAAAACACAGGAUGUGAAAUUAAAAAACAUGGGUUCCUGGGCAAGCCUGGCUCAGAGGUCUCAGUCCACCCCCGCCUCCUCGCUUCGCUCCUCCAGUGACAGCUUUGAACAAUUUCGAAGGGCCGCUCGGGAGAAGGAGGAGAGAGAAAGACAACUAAAGGCGCAGGCGGAGCAGGCCCGGAGAGAGCAGGAGAAACUACGCCGUGAUGAUGAGGACUCAAUGGAGCAAGCUCGGCGAGCACAGGAAGACUCCCGCCGUCGACAAGAACAACAGUCACCACUCGCCCCAACGCCCCCUGCUUCUACCCCACCUACUCACUCCCCGCAAGCCCCGUCCAGCCAACCUCAAGCCCCGGCCCCAGCCUCCUCAGCUGCUCAGAAUGCCCUUGACCAGCAAAGGGAGAUGGCGCGCCGACGUGAGCAGGAGAGGCGUCGGAGAGAAGCGAUGGCUGACACCAUCGACAUUAACUUCCAGAGUGACCUCAUGGCCAUUUUUGAGGAGAACCUUUUUUAAGAAGAUGGGAGUGAGAUGUGAGGAACACAGAAAGAGAGAAGAACCCUGACACACAAUGGGGGAAUAUACCCACAUACAUACAUAUAGACUGAUGUCCUCAUACAUUUGCUUGCUGCUCACACAGAUUGAAAUACACACACACACACACACAGACAGAGUUAAUGGUGACUCGCCCCCUUGGUCCGGCUUGUAACAUGUGAGUCGGUAGGUGCAGUGAUACAGGCGCCCCACUCAACCCUUUGUUCUUCCUCCAACCUCGGGUGUAUUUGGUGUUUGAUUCGUCUUUACAGUCGACGAUUAAGUUUCCCAAGGCAACAGAGUGAAAAUGGACACUGACUCGGCUAGUCAAUUUUCUCACCCCUUUCUGGAAUGAAAAGACGGUGGUAGAAUAAAAGGGAAAAAAAGAGACUUGUGCAUGAAAAAUGUCGGAGGAAAGGAAGAAGCAGAAGGAGAAAAUGCAGAGAGAAAGAAAGACCCUUUCUCAAAUCUCUGAACAUAGACAUGAGGGGCUUAGAAAGAACGGGUGGACGAGAUUACAGAUGGAUCGAUUGCGUUUUGUUUUUAUCUCAAUCGUUUUUCCCCUCUUUUUAUUUGGGGUUUUACCUGGGUUGGAUUGGGAGGAGUGUUUUCGUGUGUCAGGUUUCGAGUUCAUCAGAGAGUUAGCUGUUUUCUCAGGACACGGUGGGAACGGACACCCUGGUCACAUUUCACACUUUUUCAGUGGCACCCUUCCUCCUUCCCCCUCCACAGACUGUCGUCUUUCUACCGGUGUAACACAAAUUGUGGAGCGGUGGAAUAAACAUGCAGUCCGAUAAUCUGUAAUUGGUCUGUGUAAGUUUAGAGGAGGAAGGAACAAGGAAGAAUUGACAUUUCAAAAGUGCUUGAAUGUGUCCUUUGCCUUAGAGCUCUGCCCUGUAAGCUAAGAAUCACACCCUGCAAAUUAUACAUAUAAAAAAAAGA